AUGUGUCCAGCUUACGUAUUGAUGUCACGUAGCGUUACCAACCCCCACAAUUCACCUUCAUCAUCCUACACUACCUUGUUUCCAACUACUUCAUCACCCUCGGUCUCGUCUUCAUCCUUACAUUUGUAUUCUCAACCAAACACGGCUCUUGACUCGCCAUCCGAUCGAACUUGUCUUGACUUUAUUGGCCAGCCGCUACUCCGCGGACUUGUAUAUCUCUUAUUCGUGGGAGAUGCGCCUCCAUCAGACAAGACAAAUGCAAUUGAUAGAAACAUCUUUAAAUUAUCUUCGCGAAUGCAUAUCCGAGAUCUUGAGUUUCAGGGCCUUGAAAAUGUCAAGCUGAUGCAAGGCUAUCACUUCAGGGUCUCACCUUUUCAAGACAUAGAUCCUAUAGACGACGAGGGAGGCAAGUUGAAAGCUAGUUUUUGUCUUGGCUUCGAAAGCAUUCUAAUACGAGCAAACUUGGAAUAUCGCGUACUCGUUACAAUGAAGCAGGUAAGAUUGGUUAUUUUGAAACCAUUUAAGAAGCUGAAAAUGAAAUAUUAUUAUGAUUCCUAA